CGACCUUGCAAAAUAAGAUCAUCAAUUUUAUCCUAACUUCAACUCGCCCUAACUGUUCUCGUUUACGCCUCUACCACCAAUGCAUUCCAACCCUAAUUGAAUUCACCGUUGUUUUUCUUCUUCUAGGCAUGAACGCUUCUCACGCUUCACUUGCCAAACCCACUACUUUCUUCUCCAAUGGCUGCUUUCCAAGUCGUUGUUCGACUUUUCCAACUCAGUUCAGUAGGAAGCCUGCAGAUAAAUUGAUGGAUUAUUCGGUUCCAUUCCUCAAACUUCCUUCUUGGGGCUCUUUUGCGUAUCGAAGAAGGAUAAAGAUACAAGUUUAUUCGCAGUUUCGGAGACCGCCUCGGCGCCGGAACUCGCUAAGGGAGAAGCUCAUUCCCAGGCAAGAACAGGUGCUUCUCUUUCCUGAAGUUUCAAGCACCGAAUAUAAGUCUGAGGAUUUGGGCGUAAGAGAUCAUCUAAGUGAUGCUCGUAGUUUAGGUAUAGAUUUUGAUAUUGAAAAGGAAUCUGAAAGAGCCGAAGAUUCUAAAAAGUUUGAAUUUUCAGGGAAUUCUUCUUUGUGGGAUAAGUUAGAUAAUUGGGUAGGUCGAUAUAAUGAAGAUUCAGAGUUCUGGGGGAUUGGGGCUGGCCCUAUUUUUACCAUCUUUCAAAGUUGUGAUGGUAAUGUCACUCACGUUUCUGUCAAUGAGGAUGAAAUUUUGAAAAGGCACAGAAUCCGAGCGUGGUCCUUAGAAGAGAAUGAAGAAGGUGGCGAACUGAAGGAUGUGAAUUCCAAGAUAUCCAUAGCAAGGCUUAUUGCUAAAGAGAUAGAAGUUGGUGCGUACCAAAUGCCUAGAAAUAGUUCAAUUGCUAGGUUUGUAGAGGAAGGAAAGAAGUCUUCUUUGGUUGGUCUAUUCCAUGCCUUUUCUUCUCAGAGGGAAUCUCUAAUAAGGAUCUUCCCACGCAUUGGUUUCAUGGUUUUGUGCUGUUUCUGUGUUUUGGGGGCAGUGAGGAAGUUAUUUGUGGGAUAUAAUGAUGCAGAACCGACAAGGGAGGAGCUUGAAAUGCUCAGGCGAAAGAAGAAGUCAAGGAUGGAGAGAGAGGGGUUACAGAGGGGAAGUGUUCAAGUUCUUCAGAAUAGUGAUGAGUUUCCGGUGAUAUCUGGUACUGUGCCACAAUUGGACAGGGAUGAACUAAUGAAGAACAUAAUGCAAGCCAAGAAAUCUAGAGAUAGCUUGGUUUUAUCAAAUCCUUCGGGUUUCUUCGCUACCGAGCAACAAGAUUUUGAUAAAAAGGUGAGGGAAAUUAGAGAUAUGGUGAGACAAGUGCGUGAAGUGGAACAUAAAAAUCAGCCUUCAAACAAUAAUAUUGAUGAGAAAGAUGAAUUAUCUUCCAUUAUAUUUGAUAAUGAAAUUCAAACAGAAGGUGUUGAAAAUCUUGCUCAUCAUAAAGCACAAUCUGCAAAAGAAAGUGUGCUUCGCGAUGAUCCUGCUAAAACCUGCUCUCAUUCAGACCAAGAAAAAACCUGCUCUCAUUCAGACCAAGAAGACAACACAAUGAAGACUCAUAGUGAAGAUAUGUCUAUAUCUAUGGGUGACUUUUCAAAAGGAGAACUCUUAAAUAAUUUUGGCACUUGUAGAGAUAAUAAUGUUGUUGAUACUGAAGGCCGAGAGACAAGCAUUCUGAAAAAUUCCCAGGGGCUGCCUGUUGGUACAAAUAUGUCUGAUCCUGGAGCUCCUGAUACAGUCACUUUGAGCAACAAACAGGAGGUUGACAUGAACAAGGUGGAUAAUAAUAGUGUGAGAGGGAAACAAACCAUUAAAGGCUCAUCUGUUAUUUCCACUAAUCAAAACGGCAAAGCAAAAAUCAUAACAUCACUUAAGGAAGCCAAAGAAUACCUUAGCAGUAAAUGUAGAAUUCAUAAAGGCUCAGUACAACUAGAGCAACCAAUUCAUUUGAAAGGGACAUCGGAAGUUCUCAGUAAUUGUGCUGACAGUUCUGAUGGUAACAGAAUGAGGGGGACUGCUGAAGCUUCAGGAUUUGCUCCUGAGAUUUCUGCUGAUAAAAAUGCUUUUUCUCUGCCACAAAGAUCACUUGGGAACAUUGUUUCUGACUUGAAAUUGCAUGAAAGUUAUGAUGAAUUCAAUAAUUCUUCUUCUGAGACUGAAGAUAUUAUAAAAACGAAUACCAGAUUUCAAAACGGGGAGUCAAAGGGAGGCACACAAGAAGUUCUUACUGUUGAUGGUGUUGUUGAUUUAGACGAUCUUCAGAUGGGACACAAUGCAGGUAUUAUCAACCCAUCAAAUGAUUGUAUCACUUCAGGAGGAAAGAAUCACAAUGUAUCUGGACAUUUUGAUCCAGUUGCAGAUAAUUUAUCAUGUGAUGUCUCCAAGGCCGAAGAUGCUUUGAAUGAUCUUUCUUCUAAAGAAAGUAUUCCUUCAAAUUCUGGUAAUUCCAACUGCCUUGAUGAAAAUUUACCUAAAUCUUCUGGAAAGAGCUGGAUCGAGGAAAACUUUCAGCAGUUCGAUUCUGUUAUUAACGAGAUCGGGCAUGGCUUCAAAGAUAACUACAUGUUAGCAAAAGUAAAGGCACAAGAAAACACCUUUUCAGGUUCUGAUAUAAGUAAACUCAGUAUGUGGGGAGAGGAUGAAGAACUUGAAUGGAUGAAAGAUGACAAUCUUCGAGAAAUUGUUUUCCAAGUUCGAGAGAAUGAGUUGGCUGGACGGGAUCCAUUUCACUUGAUGGAUGCUGAUGACCAAAAAGCCUUCUUCCAUGGACUUGAACGGAAAGCUGAGAAGGCCAAUGAAAAACUGGCAGGAGUGCAUGAGUGGAUGCACUCAAAGAUUGAGAAUCUAGACUAUGGUGCUGAUGGCAUCAGCUUAGACGAUCCAUUGGACAAAAUUAUCCCUCGUUGGAAAGGGCCACCUGUUGACGAAGACCCUGAAUUUCUUAAGAAAUUUACCAAUAUGGGAAUUUUGGAUGAUGUUCUGGGGGAUAAGCCAGAGAACCUUCAGAAAUCACAAAAGUUAGCAAAUUCAGAUGGUGUUUCUCCUAACUCUCCAGUAAAUGAUAGAGUAAUUUUGUCCCAGAACGGAACUUCAACAGCACCAAAAUCACUUAUAGAAUGCAGUGAUGGUUCUAACAGACCCGGGAAGAAAAAUUUGAAGGAGCAAUGGGAACAUACAAAAAAAUGGUCUCAAGGUUUCCUAGAAGUCUAUAAUUCAGAGACUGAUCCAGAGGUGAAAUCUAUCCUAAAGGAUAUGGGAAAGGAUUUGGACAGAUGGAUAACAGAAAAAGAAAGGAAGGAUGUGGCUGAUCUAAUGACCAGAAUACCUAAAAGAAAGAGGAGAUUUAUAGAAAAGAAAGUGAACAAAAUUAAAAGAGAAGUGGAGAAGUACGGAGCACAAGCAGUGGUCAGCAAAUAUAAAGAAUAUGCUGCUGAAAAGGAGGAAGAUUACCUAUGGUGGUUAGAUCUUAAGUUUGUUUUGUGCAUUGAACUAUAUUCAGUGGAAGAUGAUGUCCCAAGAGUGGGAUUUUAUUCCUUAGAAAUGGCUGAAGAUCUUGAGCUUAAUCCCAAGCAAUUUCAUGUGAUAGCUUUUGAGGAUCCAGGAGACUCUAAGAACUUCUGCCAUAUCGUGCAAGCUCAGAUGGAUAUGCUGGGAAGUGGUAAAGCUUUUGUUGUUGCUCGGCCUCCAAAGGAUGCUUUCAGGGAAGCUAAAGCCAAUGGAUUUAGCAUUACUGUGAUUAGGAAAGGGGAAGUAAAACUAAAUGUGGAUCAAACUUUGGAGGAGGUAGAGGAAGACCUAAAGGAGGUUGGUGGUAAAAUUUACCAUGAUAAGAUCAUGAAUGAACGGGGAGUUAAUAUUCGCUCAUUAAUGAAGGGUGUGAUUGCAGCUAAUAAGUCCAAUAGGAGGCAUGGUAUUAUAUCCAACCAUCCAAAAGAAUAAAGAAGUGUACUUCCACAUCACUUGGAAGUUCAUGGAACCCAAGCAAUUCAGCUAUGGUGUUGCUGGCGGUUAAAGCAGCUUCAUGAAUGAGCUGCUUCCAGGCAGAACAGAUUAUAGGCCCAUUUUGCCCUACCCAACAGCAGCACGUUGAUAAGCAUCAUGAUCAAAAUAUGGUUAGUAUAGAUUUUAUGAUUAUUUAUUAUUUUGAUAUGAAUAUAAUAUAAAUUUUGGCUGAUUAUUAAUGUAUUGUAUAUUUAUAUUCAUCAGAAAAUAAAUUUUAUUAGAGUA